CGCGGCCCCGCCCCGAGGGCCGUCAUUUUUGCUCUUUUCUCGUUUACCUGUUGCAGUACGAGAGCGGCACUAGAGUUUCUUCGGUGCUUUUGUUUUUCGUUUUUCCCAGUGGUAGAAUGUCUAAACUAAUGCUAACCCAGAUGCGAUUUACUUUUUAAUUCAGCAGCUUAAGAUAUUUACAGUCAGAAGCAGCCUAACAAAGCUGGAACUUUGCAAAUCUGAGAAAUCCUGUGUGGGUUUUCAGGGCUGAUAAAGUGAGAGUGCAGCUGGGCGUGCCUGAUUUUGGCUGUGCUUUGUGCCUGACCUCAGGUAGCAAAUGACUGUGUGUAGCUUCAGAUCAGCUUUUUACUUCAUCCUUUAUGUUGAUCUUCUCACAGAAGACUGAGCUGAGGCAGUUUGUUUUUCCUCUCCCAUCAGCUCCUGAAGUAUCCCUGCAGGUUCUCCUUAGACAUUUGCCUCUGUUACUGGCAGCACGUGCAUGUACAGGUCUGACGUUGUGUGCUCGUCUUCUGUGAGGAAAUCUGGUCCAGUCAAUCUCCUAAACAGUAGGAACUUGCUGAGGAGAUGCACAGACUGGAGUAUUUCCAUUCUUUUAAUAGUUCUGCAGUUUUAAGUUACACCACUUGUGAGUCAGUUUAAUGUGUGCGAGUAAAGCCUCAGUACAGCACAGACACUGAAAUUACUCCUUGAAAUAAAAGAAGCGAUGAACCCCUGUAGUGGUUACCCAUCCAUGUGCUCCAGUUGCUGCUGUCUGGCAUUUCUGAGUUGAAAUGAGACCCUUUAAGUUAUGGUGCUGUCAUCCAGUUCGGAGGCAGGAUAAUUGUGGUGCCCCUGCUGACUCUGUGUGAGGGUCCCACUUUCCUGUUUCUAAGUCCUGAGUUUUAAGACUGGGGAGACACUAGUGACAGGCACUGUGGAAAAUCUUGAGGUAUUUCUCUCUUUCUAUGUCUGUAGUAAGGAAAUUGUAAUACUUCCUUGAGUAUGUAAUGGUGAGUUCAUAAAAAGCUGUAAAUAUCUUGUGAAAGUUUCAGUUGAUGUUUUAUUGCAGUGUCUGGUGAGUUUGCAUGAAUAAAGAAAAUGUUUUUCUUGAGUAGGUUGAUGAGUAAAACUCAGUUUGGUUAAUACAGAGGUUUGGUUGGUUUUUUUUUGUUGUUUUUUUUUCUUCUAGAAGCAUAUUUCAUUUCCUGAAUAUCAGCAUCAGCAGAAUUUAAUAUGUAGAGAGUGCAUGGAAGAAAGAAGGAAGAAAGUUAUUCUGGUAGGAACAGUUAACAUUUAGGAGGAAACACUUCUGCAGUAAUGAAAAAAUAGAUGUACUACAGACAUAAAAAAUAGGUUUAUUUGUUUUAUUGUCUGACCUGUUUGCAAAGAAUUACAGAAAAUUUUGCAUGCCUAAGGGCAAGGAAAACAUGUCAUUAGCUCUAUUUUAAAAGGCACUUUAAAUUAAUUUUUUGACAGAUGGGAUGAGAAGAGACAAGUGUCCUACACUUCAAAUGGCCUCCUGUUUGACAUUUAUUGUUUGCUAGCCUGGAAUUAUCUUUGAUGGUGGAAGGCUGGCGACGCUAAGAUGUUUGACAGAAUCAAACCAUCUGAUGAGGCUUCUGCUUCUUCAGCACAAGGAAUGGAAAGACAUGGUGUUGAAGGCUCACUGCAACAGGACAGUAAUAGCAGUUUACAUUCAAGAAGGCAAGAACAUCCUCGGCCUGGAGUAUCCACCACGCAAAAUAGACAAGGGUACUGCAACUGCUGUCAUGUACACUACAGUAAUCUGGAACAGCAUAUUUUUAGCUCCCAGCACAGACAUUUUACCACUUACUGCAGGAAUCGUAUGGGUACCAGUAGCUUGAUGGAGCGUUUCCUGCAAGAUGUUUUGCAGCAUCAUCCCCACAGAUACCAUGACAACAGGCCAACCUAUGAUGAUAUGCCACUCCCUAUCACUCCAGUGUCUGCCAGAAUUGCUUCUUCAGGAGAGGUGGAGAAAAAGAAGAAUAGAGGCAGACAGGUGACCUCCAGCAAAGACCAGGAGUCCAUCGACAGUGUGCGCUCUUCUGCUCCAUACCUAUCUCGUGAGCACACAAAGAAAACCUCUGUAACGCCGACAUUUACUCAAAAAUUAGUAACUGAAAAGGAACGUGUUACAGGAACAUCCCGGGUGUCUAUGGGCAAUUGUAGCAAUGAGAAAUGCAGUGUCCUUAAAGAUGCUCAAAUUGGAAAUCAUAGCCAUGAAGGCCAGUUUACAGCUGUGAGCCCAGUACCUCAACAUUUUUCUGUCAAUACGUCAGUUCAUAGUUCUUCUGUUAAUCGUAAAAUAGAAAAAAGUAUUAAGACUUCAUCAUCAUCAUCAAAUCGUAUUCUGCAUAGUGGAUGUGAUAACACAGGAAUGGAGGUAUGCAUUAGGAAUGAGUUGAAGCCUGCUCUGGCACUGGUUCACCCAAAAUGCCCUUCAGUUUUGCAUCAGAAUCCUGUGUGCAGCCACAGGAAUACUUUACAUGUUACCUCAGGUCAACCUCUUUUAAUACGAGAUGGUUUACAAACUCAGGAUGAAACUUUGGUGUCUGAUUUCCGUCUCAGGGAUACUGUGGGGAUCAGCAGCGCCCUAGGUCUUGGGACUUCCCCACCACUAGCAAGAUGCAAAAAUGUGAAGAUGAACAGAGGGGAUGCAAGUUCAGUGGAUGAAACAAUUGAAAAUGUUAUUCUGAAAUAUUGCCAUGGAACUGCAUAUGAAGAACUUCAUUUCAAAGAGGAGAAUAAUCUCUGUUCAACUUUUUCAUCACUUCUGGAUCAUGCUGAUUUAGAGGGCUCUGAAAUGAGUUUUGACUGUGAUGCACCUAUUCAGUCAGGAACAGACUUACCCAAGGCAGCCAUAAAAGAUUUAGAAUUGCUAAAAGAGGUCCAAAUAAGUCUGCAAGAUAAAGACUACGGAACACAGCUCUCUUCUGUUUUAAAAAGCGAGUCAAUGAAGCAAAUAGAGACAGUGAAACAGAACGUAGUAGUUCAUCCUGAAGAAGCAGUUCUUCCAGCUCUGCCUCAUGUGCCUCCUUCUUUUGUGGGAAAGACUUGGUCUCAGAUUAUGUACGAAGAUGAUAUAAAAAUUGAAGAACUUGUGCGUGAUUUCAGGGAAGGUCGUUUUCGCUGCUACUUUGACAGUGAAUCCUCGGCCAACUGUACAGGAAAGAGAAUGAAGAAAAAAAAGCAGAAAGAUGAAAAAAGGAACAAUACUGCUGAGGGUAAUAGAACAGAAACUGCAUCAGUUAAAGCACUACCAGAGUUUAAUGAUGCUUUAAGUGGUGGCUUUGAUUUUGAUAAUCCAUCUUUAGCUUCAGAUAGGCUAUGCAAUCCACAAAUUCUUAAAACGCCUAGGAAAAGGACAUGGCGCCUAGCUUCAAGAUGUCAGGUGGUUAAAGUCAGCCAUGGCACCCAAACAAGUCUAUUGAACUACCCUGUAACAAAAAGAAAAAUGGCAAGAAGAGAAUCGGAUCCAUCUGAUCAAAAAGCAAGCAUUAUAUGGCCAGAAAAUGAAAAGACUCCAAACAUGAAAACUAGACUAUGUGCCCUUAAGCUUCCUGAGUCCUAUAGUAAGAUUAUGAGCCCUGUGCAGCCCAAGACAGUGGUGUAUGUACUUUCGUGUCCAGAGAUGAAACAGUGUAAAGGUAAACCUGUAGAUAUUCCCAAAAUGAGGAAAAAUCGUAAUUCUACAGAUAGCAAGGACUCUAUAAGGUAUAAAUACAAACAGUGUUCUUUCAAGUAUUAUGACCCACUGACAAACAGAAUUCUGAAAAUGCCUCCUAAGGGUUCAGUUGGGGAAAAGUCCAAAAAGCCUUCUCACGUUCGACAGCUGUUCAGAAGUCUCAGCUUUGAUGCAAACAUGAGGAAAUUAGCUGAUGCACAGAGAGAAGGCACACCAACAAAGUCCUUCAAUCGGUCAGACUUCUAUAGCUCAUCUUCAGCAAUUUGUCUGCCAGAGUCAGCUAAAGGGAAUGAUACUCUCUCAAGUCAAAAAGCAGAUGGAUCUUCAGUUUCCACAGAAAGAACAGAUUGUCUGGUAUCUAGUCACUCUGAGAACUCUUUUAAACAGCUGGUCAUUUCACCUUUGAGUUCUCACCAGUCUGUUGUUGAAGGAGAUGGUAGAUUAACUCCGUUUAACAGUAGAGUUACCAAAACUCCUUUGACCUCCAUCAGAAGUGAUCGAUUAGAGAGAGAGAAUCCAAAAGCAAUAUGGAAGAGAAAAGAAAGCGCUAAUAAAGAACCUUCUUUUUCCAAAAAAGCUGCAGGAGCUAUGUCUGUCAGAUGCGCUGUUGCAAGGAGAGGAAACAGAGUAACAACAGGCAAACAAACUUCCAGAACUAAAAAGCAACAAAAAGAGGGUAUGAGAAGGAAACUUUCUCCUUGUGCCCAGAGAUCUUCAGCGUUCUCCAUUCACAGGCACCAAACAAGGAAAAAUACAGUGGGAAAACACCUUAAGAAAGAAAAACCCGAUGCUAAAAAAUUAAACGUGAGGAGGAAGUCAAAAAGGACUUUUCUGAACUCAACAGUCACAAGUAUUCCCGAGAAGAGACAGAAAGGCACUUCGGGAUCUUUUCCCAAGAAGCCAGAGCGAGCUUCUUCCAAAGUCAGAAGCUGGGAAGUAAGUGGAGAUCGGGGUCACCCUAGCACUGUGAACCGACACUCAAGAAGAACUUCUGCUGUACCAUUACUUAGAAACUGUAUUGUUCUACCAGACCUGCGCUGGAAUGAAACAGCAGGAAGAACUGAAGGGGUACUGGCAGAUGAAGAGAAUACAUUUCACCUGAAUAAAAGUAGCAACAGUGAAAAUAACAGCCACAGCAAUGCAAUCCAGAAAGAAAUCACACUGCCUUCAAGACUCAUUUAUUACAUCAAUAAGGACUCUGAAACUCCUUAUCAUGUCCUGGAUACUAGGGCAAGGCACCAGCAGAAACACAAUAAGGCUGUACAUCUGGCCCAGGCAAGUUUCCAGAUUGAGGCCUUUGGUUCCAAAUUCAUCCUUGACCUCACUUUGAAUAAUGAUUUGUUAUCUUCCAAUUAUGUGGAGAUUCACUAUGAAGAUGGGAAACAGAAGUUUUCUAAGGGUGGAGAGCACUGCUACUACCAUGGAAAUAUCAGAGGUAUCAAGGAUUCCAGAGUUGCUCUUUCAACUUGUAAUGGGCUUCAUGGCAUGUUUGAAGACAGUGCUUAUGUGUACUUGAUAGAACCGAUGGAUUUGACUCACAGUGCAGAAAGUAGAAGUAGACCACAUAUCAUCCAGAGAACUUCUGGAACACAAGCCUCCAACCAGCAGCAGGACCAUGAGACUGGAUCUAGUUCCCAAUGGCCCUUUAUCUCUGAACUACUGUGGCUGAAGAGAAGGAGAAGAAGAAGAGCAGCAUCUCGUGGUGUCUUUGAAGAAAUGAAAUAUCUGGAGCUCAUGAUUGUCAAUGACCACAAAAUGUUCAAAAAGCAUCGUUCUUCAAAUGCGUACACAAACAAUUUUGCAAAAUCUGUGGUGAAUCUUGUAGAUGCUAUAUACAAGGAACAGCUGAACACCAGGGUGGUCCUUGUUGCUGUGGAAACUUGGACAGACAGAGAUCGUAUCAAUAUUCACCCUGACCCACUGCAGAUGCUCCAUGAUUUCUCCAAGUAUCGGCAACACUACAUUAAACAGCACGCUGAUGCUGUGCACCUUCUGUCGAAUGUGACAUUUCAUUACAAAAGGAGCAGCUUAAGUUAUUUUGGAGGAGUUUGCUCUGUGACCAGAGGAGUAGGAGUGAAUGAGUAUGGCCUCCCAUUAGCCAUGGCACAGGAAUUAGCACAAAGCCUUGCUCAGAACCUUGGAAUACAGUGGGAGCCAGCUGCCAGGAAACCAAAGUGUGACUGCACUGAAUCCUGGGGUGGUUGCAUCAUGGAGGAAACAGGGGUAUAUCAUUCCAGAAAAUUCUCCAAGUGCAGCAUAGCAGAAUACAAAGAAUUUUUACUUCGUGGGGGAGGUGCCUGUCUUUUCAACAGGCCAACAAAGCUCUUUGAAUCUACUGAGUGUGGAAACGGUUACGUAGAAGCAGGAGAAGAAUGUGAUUGCGGUUUUCGAAUGGAAUGCUAUGCAGACUGUUGUAAGAAGUGCUCUCUUUCUAAUGGAGCUCAUUGUAGUGAUGGACCCUGCUGUAAUACAUCAUGUCUUUUUUUUCCACGAGGCUAUGACUGUAGAUAUGCAGUGAACGAAUGUGAUAUUGCAGAGUUCUGCACAGGAGAUUCUGGCCAGUGUCCACCAAAUCUCCAUAAACAAGAUGGAUAUGCUUGUGAUUCUAACCAGGGACGUUGCUAUAACGGUGAAUGCAAGACAAGAGAUAAUCAGUGCAAAUAUAUCUGGGGAUCUAAGUCUUCAGGAUCUGACAAAUUUUGCUAUGAGAAGCUUAAUACAGAAGGCACAAAAAAAGGAAACUGUGGAAAGGAUGGAGACCGAUGGAUUCAGUGUAGCAAACACGAUGUUUUCUGUGGCUUUUUGCUCUGCACUAAUCUUACUAAAGUUCCACGAGUUGGUCAAGUGCAAGGAGAAAUUAUCCCAAAUUCUUUUUAUCAUCAAGGACGAAUAGUAGACUGCAGUGGUGCUCAUGUUCUUUUAGAUGAUGAUACAGAUUUAGGUUAUGUAGAGGACGGAGCUCCAUGUGGUCCUCAAAUGAUGUGUCUGGACAAAAAGUGCCUGCCAAUUCAAUCCUUGAACAUAAGUAGCUGUCCCAUUGGUUCGAAUGGAAAAGUCUGUUCCGGUCAUGGGGUCUGCAGUAAUGAAGCCACUUGCAUUUGUAAUUUCUCCUGGGCUGGGACAGACUGCAGUAUUGAUGAUCCUAUUAGGGAUACUGGUAACAAGAAAGAUGAAGGACCCAAGGAAAUGUCAAAAAACGAAGAUUCGAUCCAAGUCAACAGGGCCCUAUCUGAAGAAAUGCAAUUCAAAGAGCUGCUUCUUUCACUACUGGAUUUUGGGUAUGAUAUCUUUGCAGUAGCUGUGCAGGAACUAAAUAAAAGGAAGAACAUAAACCGUAGCUACAACCACAAUGUUGAGAUGUUUGGAAUUGAGAAGAGAGAAAACUGUCCUUUUUGGAGAUAAGUUAAAAUACUUCCUCCAUUCACCUUUCACUGGUUAUUAUUAACUGAUAAGUUAAUAGCAAACUAUUUCAAAAUCGGUUUUCUUUUUUUCUUUUCUCAAACAAAGGAAGAGACAAAGACCAAGUGCAAUAAGAGAACUAUUAAAAAAUCAUGAAAUAGCAGGAGAUUUUUUUUUCCAGCCUACGGGCACUCUAACUUCACUUGCGUUCGCAUGACUUCCUUUUUCUUAACAAACUCCAGUGGCAUGAGAAGGGUAACCUGCAUGGCUCACAUUAUAAACAACCAAGCUAGCAAGCUGACCCCAAGCAGAAUCUGCAGCCCAAUAACUACAAACCACUGGGAAGCUGGUACCAGGCUCCAACAGAUCUUCGGCCAUGCAGGGCAUUUUGUCACCAGGCCUCGGAGCUCCCUGCUCUAUGAGCUCACUGUCUGCCAGGCCAGGAGUCUGUUGGAUGUGGAAGCAAUUGAGUGAUGGAUGGAGUUCUCCCAAGAAGGAAAAAGUGUAAAUAUGGAAAUAAGAUUUUGAUGUAUCAUUUUCACAGAUUAUAAAUAUAUAUAAAUAUAUAUAUAUAUAUAUAUACAGAAAAGGAUUUCCAUAUAAAAAGGUUCUAUUCUUUAUGUAAAUCUAUUUUUGAUGUUUGUAUUUUUGUUUUGUUUUUUUUUCUUUUUUUGCUCCCCUCUUAUUCUGUAGCAUGUUUUACAGCCAGUGCUCUGGGCUUGCUCAAAAAAGGCAGAGAAUAGCAUGCAGAUGCAGGGAGUUCUAACACCAAACAGAUGUGAUCCUAAGUUUGUGUGCUUGAAACCAAAAACAAUUAAAAUGUAUAAAUGCAUAUUUCUGUAUUGACUAUAAGUCUGGAUUACUUCACUGAUUUUUUUUGGCAGAUUUUCUGUAAUAUAAUGUAAGAAAGUAAGUAACACCCUCAAAUCAAUCACGGAAGUGCCAAGCUUUUUUUUUUUUUUUUAAUUCUUUUUUUCCAGUUGUUUAGAUCCUGUGAUAUACAAAUUUAAAUAAGCCUUAAAAUAUUUGCAAAAUGUUAAAAGCUUGGAAUAAGUUUUUCUUCCCUUCUGCUUACUCAAACCAACUUGCAAAGAUAACUGACAUUUCUAAUGCACUCCCUAUAUCUCUUGUUGCAUUCCACUUUUCCAAGUAUAAUGCAAAAAUCAAUCUUUUGACACUUUGCUUCUCCUAGCUAGUUACAAAGUUUGCAAAGUGCAUAUAAUUUUAGGGGGGGUUGUAUGACUUGUACGCAAGGUGUAUCUAAAUAAUUACAAACUAAUUUUUCAGAAAAGUCUGGGCAGCCGUGCUGCUCCUGUAGUAAGCAGGCUACCUGCUUAUGUCUGACACGAUAAAGAUAUGAAGAGAGCUAGUUUAGGAUUCCUCUCUAGGCUUUUGAGAUCUGGCUCACCCUGUUUACCUUGAUUUUAAAAAAAUACGUAGAGUAAAUCAUUUAAGUGAAGCAACCUAGAAAUUUUAUUGCUGCAACUGAUAACUGCAAAAGACUUCUGUAAUUUUUUAUUUAAAGGUUGGAGAUUAGUAACUACAGAACAAGGUAUUCCAUCUAUUUUCAGUGGAAAUCCAUUUCUUAAGUUAGCUUUAGGAGUCAGAGCAUUAAGAAAAAUGCUUCAGAUUUCCUGUGACUGACUUUAAAAAAAAGUAAUCUUUCUCAUUUCAGUUGUAUUUCUGAUGAUAACGUUGAAUCCAACAGUCUCACAAGAGAAUUGCUACGUAUUGUUUUGGUUGACAGUUGUUAUUAAAUGUUUUCAAACAGCUUUAACAAAUCACAUUAAACACUUACUACAUUAGGAGUUAAAGGUGCUGCACACAGGUAGUCGAUAUCGAUACAUAUUGGAAGUCAUAUCCUGAACAAUUCCUGCCUGGCCUCAAGCAGAACUAAGUUUCUAUGGCAAACCAAAAAUCCUUGCAAAUAUAUCGAUGUCUUAUAAAAUUAGUUUGCUUGGGAACAUGAUCCCAAGUUCAUUACAGUUCUGCUCCCAAAGCUGUGUAACCAUAAUGGAAAUACUAUUGGUUACCAAAAAUUAAAGAGAAUAAAAUCAACUGGAUGUAUAUAAGCUACCUGUGUAAUAAACCUUUGAGAAACAUUUCACAAACAACAUUGUAAACGUGCGAUGUGAUGUUUUAAAUCAGACCACAGUGGUCCCCAAGUCUAUGUACAUACAGUCAGUGCUGGAGUAAUUUUUUAUUUACCCCAGCAGUUUCAUAGGAAUUAUGAUUUCUUGACUGAGUUUAACGCUCCACUCAUCAGCUGUUGCCUAUACAUGGAAGUACACAGUGGCUUUCUGCCCCACGUGUAUAGAAUACAAGUGAUGACACUGCACAGAGCAGGUUGAGGCUGAAGUGCUUUCUGUGGCAUUAGACAAUAAAAGCUGUUGUAGUUAGAUGUUCAUUUUCUACAUUGUGUCUUUGCUGUGCUUUGAAAAGUACAUGUGCAUUUAAUUUGUUCAUCACUGUCAUCAAAUGACACAAUCAGCAAUGUCUGUGGUUCCCCGCUGUACGUUUGCUCCAUUAUUUAUCUAUUCACCUGGACAAGAAACUGUGGUAACUGUACAGCUUAUUCCAGUUUGCUGCAUGCUCUCACUGAAUUGAUGUGAUCCUCCUAAAAGAGAAGCCUGCUAGGCAAAUUAACAGAUGUAUAGGUGCAUGUUAAGAAAGGGAUUAUUUAAGGCUGGAGUUUAACAAAUCUUUCUUUACUAUGCAAAGAUGGGUAUUGCACAAAUUUAAGACAAAUGUCUGAGGAAAUGCCAUAGAAUACUUGAAGUUUAAGCCUACUCAGUCACAUUUUAUAUUCAUUAUUGCUUCCACUAUUUUUCUUUCUUUUUAAGAUUAUUUGUAAUUAUUUUUUAAGUGCACAACUUGAUGUUAAAAAUCAGUUUUUGCUGGAAGACAAUAUUCAUAUUUUGUUGGCUGCUAAUGAAUGGAAACUCAAUAGUCUUUGUUCUGCAUCUUAGCAAGAUUAAAAAAUGUCAUGAACAUGGAA